AUGAUGAUCGAUCCAUCAUCAUCAUCAUCAUCAUCAUCGUUAUCAUCAAUCAUGCACGGUGAGGAUUACCGUGCAAUCUCAACGAGGAAGUGCAAUGGUGGCCUUGUGGGAAAUUGCAUAGAUGAGGAGGAAGAGAUGAUGAUGGAGUCAGAUAUUAGUCGACGUGUAUUAGGAGGAAGAAAUGGUUAUGUUAGCUAUGGGGCAAUGUCGAGGAACAAUGUUCCUUGUAAUGUACGAGGUGCUUCUUAUUAUAAUUGUCAUGCAAACCAACGAGUUAAUCCUUAUCGUCGUGGUUGCACUCAAAUUACACGUUGUGCUAGGACUAAUUCUUGA